AUGUACCAUGACCUCAAGAGAGCAUCAGGUUCCGGGUGGUCUUUUGCAGAGUUUACCCAUUCCAGAGUGGAAGUGGGACAGGAUUACGAUGGAUUUCGUGGUUGGACUACCUGUUUCGAGGACUUUCGAUGCUAUUGGGUGAUUGUGGAUCGGUUGACUAAGUCCGCACAUUUCUUGGCCAUCAAGAAGACAGAUGGAGCUGCUGUUUUGGCUAGGAAGUUUGUGCGAGAGAUUGCAGAGAUGGGCACUAAGGUGCAUUUGAGUACAGCUUAUCAUCCGCAGACAGAUGGUCAGUCAGAGAGGACUAUUCAGACUUUGGAGGAUUUGCUGAGGAUGUGUGUGUUGGAUUGGGGUGGCCAUUGGGCAGAUCACCUGAGCUUAGUUGAGUUUGCAUACAACAACAGCUUUCAGGCGAGUAUUGGCAUGGCUCCAUUUGAGGCUUUGUAUGGGAGGCCAUGUAGGACACCCCUAUGCUGGACCCAAGUGGGGGAGCGCAGCAUGUAUGGAGCUACUUAUGUUCAGGAGACGACAGAGAAGGUCCGUGUUGUGAGGCUGAACAUGAAGGAGGCUCAGGAUAGGCAGAAGAGUUAUGCAGAUAGACGCAGACGAGAGCUUGAGUUUCAGGUUGGAGAUAGAGUUUAUCUCAAGAUGGCUAUGUUGAGGGGUCCUAACAGAUCCAUAGCAGAGAACAAGCUGAGUCCGCGUUUUAUGGGUCCGUUUCCAGUAGUGGAGCGAGUUGGGCCAUUGGCUUACAGGCUGGAGUUGCCUGAGAUUAUGAAAGCCUUUCACAAGGUUUUUCAUGUGUCGAUGCUGAGGAAGUGUCUUCACCCUACAGAGGAGUUAGUGGCUAGGAUUCCAGAGGAUCUUCAGCCAGAUUUGACAGUGCCGGCAGUGCCUGUGAGGAUUUUAGAGAGGAGGGAAAAGUUCUCGCUAGCGCGCAGAACGAAGCUUCGGAAGUUUGGCCGCGCGCGGAGGAGUUCCCGACGUCCAAAAGUUACGAUCUUGAUAUGGAAAGAUAGAUACUUGAGUCAUGCAUCACGUCGAAGUGGAAUGAAGCCAUUUGGAUCAACUAUGAGGCCUAGACUUAUUUUCUACCGAGACAUGUCCGGUAAGCGAGCAAACGAAGCCCAUGGAGGAUUUGGAGUGUCUAAUGGCCCGAGCAGCAGCGCCAAAGGCCUUGAUCGAAUAGAGAAGAGGCCUGGCUAA